UUCCUGUUUGGCUAAUCCGUGGCGGGAGUUUCCAUCAUGGCGGUACAGCCGAAGCAGAACCUGUCCAUGGAUAGUGCAGCCGAAAAUGGCUUUUUAAGCUGCUUUUUCUCUAUGCCAGAGAAACCUGACACUACUUUUAGAAUAUUCGACCGCAAUGACUACUACACUGUUCACGGAAAAGACGCUAUAUUCGCGGCAAAGGAGGUUUUCAAGACGAACGGAGUCAUCAAAUAUUUGGGCUCAGGGAGUCGCAGACUGGAGAGUGUGGUCCUGAGCAAAGCGAACUUUGAGGCCUUUGUGAAGGAUUUGUUGCUCGUGCGUCAGUACAGAGUGGAAGUGUACAAAAACCUCAGCAAAAGCAGCAAAGAUCAUGACUGGAAGCUUGAGUUCAAGGCUUCCCCAGGAAACUUGACUCAGUUUGAGGAGAUUCUGUUUGGUGGAGGAUCUGGAGGCGAAGGAUGCGCGGGAGUUGUAGCUGUACGGUUUUCUACGGGGGCUGAUGGCCAACGCGUGGUUGGUUUGGGUUAUGUGGAUGCGGCCCAGAGGAAGAUGGGAGUGUGUGAGUUCCCAGACAAUGAGAUCUUCUCCAACCUGGAGUCACUACUUGUCCAAAUCAGCCCCAAGGAAUGUCUCUUAGCUCAGGGAGAGUGCAGCAGUGACGGUACUAAACUACGAGAGGUGGUACAGCGUGGUGGAAUGCUGCUCUCUGACCGGAAGAGAACAGACUUCAACAGUAAGGACAUGGUCCAGGAUCUCAACAGGCUGCUGAGGUCCAAGCGAGGAGAAACUGUGGCCAGCAACACAUUACCGGAGCUCGACAAACAGGUGGCUAUGUCGUGUUUGGCUGCAGUGGUGCGUUAUCUAGAGCUGCUGUCUGAUGAGUCCAACUUUAACUCCUUCAGUUUGACCACUCUGGAUCUGGGUCAGUACAUGAGGUUGGACAACGCUGCUGUUCGAGCACUAAACCUCUUCCAGGGUUCAUCUGAUGACACCAAUGGAGCUCACUCCUUGGCUGGUCUGUUAAAUAAGUGCCGUACCCCACAGGGCCAGCGUCUGGUUAACCAGUGGAUCAAACAGCCGCUCAUGGACAAAACAAAAAUUGAGGAGAGACUGGACCUAGUGGAAAGUUUCGUGUGUGAUUCUGAGCUGAGGCAAACCUGCCAGGAGGACUUGUUGAGGCGGUUUCCUGAUCUUCACCGAUUGGCUAAGAAAUUCCACCGUCAUAAUGCGACCCUGCAGGACUGCUACCGGGUCUACCAGGCUGUAAGCCAGAUCCCCACCCUCAUCUCAGCCCUGGAGCGGUACUCAGGCAGCUACCGGGUUCUAUUGGAAGCAGUCUUCCUUUCUCCUCUUACAGACUUGCAGGCUGACUUCACAAAGUACCAAGAGAUGAUUGAGACCACUCUGGACAUGAACCAGAUUGAUCACCAUGAGUUCCUCGUAAAGGCGUCAUUUGACCCUGUGCUGAGUGAGCUUAGAGAAAAGAUGGACAGCCUGGAGAAGAGUAUGCAAGCAGUGCUGAACAGUGCAGCUCGAGAACUGGGUCUGGAUGCUGGUAAGACUGUGAAGUUGGAGUCGAACGCCGUAUUGGGCUUUUACCUACGCAUCACUUGUAAGGAAGAGAAGAGCCUGAGGAACAACAAGAAGUUCACCACACUGGAUGUUCAGAAGAACGGCGUGCGCUUCACAAACAGUAAGAUGAGCUCUUUGAAUGAGGAUUACACAAAGAGCAGAGAGGAGUACGAGGAGGCUCAGAAUGCCAUCGUUAAAGAGAUUAUCAACAUAGCCGCAGGCUACGUGGACCCGCUACAGACACUGAGCGAUGUGAUAGCGCAGUUGGACGCCAUAACGAGUUUCGCUUUGGCAUCUGUUUCUGCCCCUGUGCCCUACGUUCGUCCCCGGCUGUUGGAGGACGGCUGUAGGCGUUUGGAGCUGCUGCAGGCCAGACAUCCCUGCAUGGAGACGGACGCGGACACGGCCUUCAUCCCAAACAACAUCAGCUUUGUCCAGGGAGAGAAAAACUUCUACAUUAUAACGGGUCCAAACAUGGGUGGUAAAUCCACGUUUAUUCGGCAGGUGGGGGUGAUUGCUCUCAUGGCUCAGAUUGGUUGUUUUGUACCGUGCGAGAAGGUGGAGAUUAGUGUGAUUGACAGCGUCCUGGCCAGAGUGGGAGCAGGGGACAGUCAGGUCAAAGGAGUGUCCACCUUUAUGUCUGAAAUGUUGGAGACUGCUGCCAUUCUACGCUCAGCCACGGAGAACUCGCUCAUCAUAAUCGACGAGCUGGGGCGGGGCACGUCCACGUACGAUGGCUUUGGUCUGGCCUGGGCCAUCAGUGAACACAUCGCCUCAAAGAUCAGCUGCUUCUGUCUGUUUGCCACUCACUUCCACGAACUGACGGCGCUGUCUGCACAGCAGCCCACCGUGCACAACCUGCACGUCACGGCACUGACAUCCCACAACACGCUUACGAUGCUGUACAGAGUCAAACCAGGUGUGUGCGACCAGAGUUUUGGAAUCCAUGUGGCUGAGUUGGCUUUUUUCCCACCAUCUGUGGUGGCCGUGGCGAAGGAGAAGGCAGCGGAGCUCGAGGAGUUCCAGGAGGCUGGAGGGGACAAGUCGGAGCAAGAGGAACCUGAGGCCAAGAGGCGGCGAGCAGACAAACACGUGGGUGAGCAGCUGAUCCAGGAGUUCCUGGAGAGAGUGAAGUCGCUUCCUUGUGCCAGUAUGACUGAUGACGAGGUGAAGGCAGAGCUCAGGAGAAUGAAGGCGGGGCUCAUUGCAAAAAAUAACGCGUACAUCACAGAGCUCCUGGCAUACUGUGCACCUGCAAAAACGGCAGAUUUUUAGACUCAGUUAAAGUACUAAAACACUUCAAUGUUAGAGGUUCCAAUAAAGACCUUGUUUGUGAAUCUUGAGCAGGUUUGUACAUUUACAAUGAGCCGCUAUGUCAGUCAUGUUGGAUUGCUUCAUAACUGCUGCUCCAAGGAAAAAAAAAAAAAAAGGUUGUGUGCAGAGGAAGAGCCACGAGGUAACUGAAAAGAAUUGAUAAAACAUCUACAAAUGAACUGUGACAGCUGCUCUGCAUCCAUGAACAUUUACUGUUAAAACUAAGUUUGUUCCUGCUGCAAUCAAUUAUCUCACAGGAAAUGGAGCAAAGAAUAAAAACAAACUUCUAGUGGUGGGAGAGAGAUGUCAGAGGCUUUGCUUCCAUUGGAACCAUAAAAAUGUUCAGGUCAGUUCUCUUCUACCAGCUGACUUCCAGUAUUAAUACAAUUAACACACUGAGUGUUCAGACCUGAACCCUCAAUUAUCAAACUGCACAGACUGUUCUAAAGGCUGCAUUCAUGAAUGGACAACUUGGGAAGUAUGUGGGGAAAGUACAACAAAAAAACUAGAGCAAUAAUGAAGCGCAAACCUCCGCAAACACUAUUUUCCAGUUCCACAAAUCUAUACCUCAUGAAAAAAAUUUGAAGGUCAAAGUCCUGUUACAAGUGAAUUUUCAUAAGCUAAAAUAUAAAACUGUAGCUCAAAAGGGCUUCUUAAUGUUAAUAUAAAAUAAUUGCUAAGUCUGCAAUAUGGGUCAAUCUUGGUCUAUUCAUUGUGCUAAUUUCCACCUUAUUGUCACAAGUAAGUGAUUGAGGCAUUUUUAAGAUGGAUUGUAAAAUUACAUUAAAUGGGGUUUUCAAUGAUGGAUACCAUCCUGCAUCCCUCCCACAUAUUAAAGAAAUUUGAUCUCUUGACAGCAAUUUUUGAAAAAUCAUUCAAGGUCAAAGGAUAGAGACCGUUCCUUAUUUUGACAUUAAAACUGAAUCAGUUCCUGCCUAUCAGGAUAUGAAUCCUCUGGAAAAAGCAGCAUAAAAUGUUUGCCAUUAAUAGACCAUUUUUUUGUCUAUUUCCCUCAGGAUGCAUCGUCUUAUGUCACAGGAUGCCAUCUUUAGAUAAAUGUUUCCUCAUGAAAUUUGAACAGCGAAAAGCUAUUUUUGAUAAAACAGUAGGGGACUGCACAGUACCAGGUGGACAUCAACAUGCUUAUUGACCUGUUUAGCUCAGUCAGUUUAUUAUUUUAGUUACUAAUUGUACUUCUUAAAGGAAAUGUGCUAUGUGACUAAAAAGGUUAAUCCAGGUUUUGAGUAUAUUUCUUAUUUUUACAUGGGAAACAAGGUACCAGUAGAUUCAGUAGAUUCU